AUGUCUGCUGGGGUCGAGCCUGUCGGUCAGGGACAUACUCCACAUGGUACUGCGAGUGCAUCGGGCUAUCAGACUCCGAUGGUUUCAGAGGUACCUACUCCGACCGUACCCGUCGUACCCACUCCUACAGUAUUCACAGUGCCACCAGCGGUGCCACAUGCGGCAUAUCCGACACCUCCUCCAGCCAUGCCUACGACAUAUCCGGCACCUCCUCCAGCCGUGCCUAUGGUGUAUCCGACACCUCCUCCAGCAGUACCUGCUGCUGUGUACUCGACACACGCACCAGCAACACCAGUUACACCUACCGUACCUCCAGCUGCGCCCACCUAUAUUGACCCAGCAGUGCCACCAGCGGCACCUGCCCCAGCUUAUGCAGCAGUACUGGGGAUACCUCCCCCAACCUAUCCAGCAGUACCACCUGUAGUACCACCUGUAGUACCAGCUCCAGUGGUUCCGCCAGUUCCCAUAGUAGUCCCUACUCACCUUACUGAUAUAGUUGGGGCAUGA